AUGCACAUUGAACAAGCAGCAGCAACCGCAACCAGGGAAAGAGAGUCUCAGUUGAUCAUGUUAAUGGAUCACAAUCUUUAUUUAAAGAGUGUCGUCUUCGACGUUGAUCCAUUAAUAAAACCUAGAGGCAAACUUACUUGCCUUGGCGAACAAGUUAAGAUAUCUAGAGUUUUUCACUGUGACGGUUUAUUGUUAUGCAUGUUGAAAGAUAAUGCUAUGGUUGUGGUUUGGAAUCCGUAUUUGAGGCAAACAAGGAGGAUCGAGCCCAGUUGUCAUUCCCGGAGACUAUAUGACGGAAACAUAUACAUGUACGCUCUCGGUUACGAGAAUAAGAAGAACAAAGCUUGUCGUAGCCACAAAAUAUUGAAGUUAUAUAAUGAACGUGCCAAGUAUCGUUUAUCUUGUUAUGAAAUCUAUAAUUUGGACUCUGGUUUAUGGAGAACUCUUGACGUCCCUCCACACACCUGGUUCCUGAAUCAUGAUGAGACUGAGAGUAGCGUCUCUCUCAAGGGAAACACUUACUGUGUGCUAUGA